AUGGUUUGUAAAAACUUUCGAGAGAAUUCAAUUCAAUGGAUACGACAAGAUAUUGGCCUUGAAGUCAUUUCGUCUGGUUCUGCCAUUGUUACAACUGAAGCUGCUGGUGAAGAAUGUAAUCCUGAAUGCGAACCAUCUUUCAGCUUCGACAUUCCAAAAUGUAGUUCUGCCCGUGAAAGAAAACGAUUCCGAUUUGUCGAAACCGAGGAAGAAUAUGUCUACGUCGACGAAGACGCUCAAAUGAAGAUCUACUUCGAUGUCAAUUACAUGGCCUGGAUCAUUCUCCCUCUCAAAGCUAGAGAUAUCUUCUCGAUGAUCUGCUUCAAUUCAAAGGUGAACGGCGAAGGUUUCCUCGGUCGCGUCGAUUACUUAGAGUGCGUCGGCGACAGUGCAAACACCUGGGAACGAGUCGACAUAUCUACAAUGGAGAUUGAUAGAAAUUUCGUGGAAACAACAACAACAACUUCGACAACAACAACAGCGACAUCAUCAACAACACCGACAACGGAAGUGCCGACAACUGCUUGUACAGUCUGCGAGGAGAAAUUUAAAAUGAGCAUUCCGGGAAAAACCAUCAUUUUGAAAAAGGUUGAAGAUAAUCUUUAUGAACAGACUAGAAACGGAGAUUUGGAAGUCUCAUGGCUUCCGUACUACAAAGGCUGGGCUUUGAAGCCAAAAGGCACCCAAGGAAUGGUUCAGUCUUGA